AAGACUCAGGUCCUUACUCCCAAUAUUGCUGAUGGUGAGGAUGUUCUUGACACCGCACAAGAGUCGGCGGUUGCCCCUUGCUCUAGAAGAUCUCUUCGACGUCUCGCUGUUCGGGAAGCAACUGCUCGUCUACGGUCAUCAAAAAAAACAAAAGGCCUUGCUUGAUGCUGGGUCAGGUAGCACCUCAAACACAGAGGAGAACAAUACAAAUCAGGAUAAGAGCAAGAAGUGGCACGGUGAAGCCCUUCUAGGUGAGCCUAGAGAGAAAAAAGACAGAGAUGGUAGGGAGUUGGGACAUGUGAGAAUGAGAGAGACAGUAUUUCGGAGAGUGAGAGCAUGUGGGAAGAAGAGAAUAGAGUGAGAGAGAGAGCAAUGGGAAAGAAAAUUAUGGGAGAGAAAAAUGCAUGAGAGAGGAAAAGUGUGAUAGGCUCAGAGAGAGAGUACCAUUGGGGUUGGGUUAGAAUUGGGCUCAAGUCGAACCAACUUCGGAUUAGGCUUCGAUUUAGGCCUGAAAAUAUUUGGACUGAAUUCGAGCUAAGAUAUAGAGUCCAUUUGAUUUUUGGGCUGGGCUCAGGAAUAUCUUUGGGCUAGCCUGAGCUCAAGCCUGAGCCCAUUCAAGCCCGCUAUUAUGCCCUCCUUUUCCUCCCCGAGAUCAUUCUUCCAAAUCCAAUCUAAUCGAGCAAGAGAGAGAGUGCAAUGGUGAGAGGAAGUAGAGGCGGCAGCAUCAAAGGCAAUGGGGAGCAGAGGCGAAGAUAAAAACAUCGUAUAGGCGGUGUCUGUCACACCUAGGGGACGAGCUGCAUGAGUUUUGAUCAUACUUAAGUGGUGUGCAUAGACCAGUCAAACAGCUGCCACAUCCCCAUGUCGCAAUCCCUCAUCUUCAUUCCCUCCCUCACCAUCCCCAUCCUCUCCCUCGCAGUCCCUGUCAACUCCCACUUUAUCCUCUCC